CCCACAGUGCUGAUGGCCACUAAGACGGCCUCGUCACGUGACCCCGACGGGCGGAAGCGGAAGUGCGGCCUGAGCUUGCACUAGGCGGGUUUUUCCUCGGCGACUCUAGCCGCCAGCAGUACUAGACAUGGACUGUUACACUGCGAACUGGAACCCACUCGGGGACUCUGCCUUUUACCGGAAGUAUGAGCUGUACAGCAUGGACUGGGACCUGAAGGAGGAACUCAAGGAUUGCCUGGUGGCUGCGGCACCCUACGGGGGUCCCAUUGCUCUACUGAGGAACUGUUGGAGAAAAGAGAAAUCUGCCAGCGUGCGGCCAGUACUGGAGAUCUACUCUGCAUCUGGCAUGCCACUGGCUAGCCUGCUGUGGAAGAGUGGGCCUGUGGUGGCCCUCGGCUGGUCAGCUGAGGAGGAGCUGCUCUGUGUGCAAGAAGAUGGUGCAGUGCUAGUGUAUGGCCUUCAUGGAGACUUCCGGAGGCACUUCAGCAUGGGCAAUGAAGUACUUCAGAACCGUGUCCUGGAUGCCCGGAUUUUUCACACUGAGUUUGGUUCUGGGGUGGCCAUCCUUACAGGAGCCUAUCGCUUUACUCUAAGUUCCAAUGUGGGUGACCUCAAACUUCGUCGGAUGCCAGAGGUGCCAGGUCUGCAGAGUGCACCCUCAUGUUGGACCACACUGUGCCAUGACCGGGUAACACACAUUCUUCUGGCUGUAGGACCUGAUCUUUACCUUCUGGAUCAUGCUACCUGCUCUGCAGUGACACCUGCUGGCCUAGCCCCAGGAGUGAGCAGCUUCCUACAGAUGGCUGUAUCCUUCACGUAUCGUUACCUGGCACUCUUCACAGACACAGGCUACAUCUGGAUGGGGACAGCAUCACUCAAGGAGAAGCUGUGUGAGUUCAACUGCAACAUCCGGGCUCCCCCGAAACAGAUGGUCUGGUGUAGCCGUCCUCGAAGCAAGGAAAGGGCUGUUGUUGUGGCCUGGGAGAGGCGGCUGAUGGUGGUAGGCAAUGCGCCUGAAAGCAUACAGUUUGUGCUAGAUGAGGACUCCUACUUAGUGCCUGAGCUUGAUGGAGUCCGCAUCUUUUCCCGAAGCACCCAUGAAUUUCUGCAUGAAGUCCCAGUGGCCAGUGAAGAGAUCUUCAAAAUUGCCUCAAUGGCCCCUGGAGCACUGCUGUUGGAGGCCCAGAAGGAGUAUGAGAAAGAGAGCCAGAAAGCAGAUGAGUACCUGCGGGAGAUCCAGGAGCUGGGGCAGCUGACCCAGGCUGUGCAGCAGUGCAUUGAGGCUGCAGGACAUGAGCACCAGCCAGACAUGCAAAAGAGUCUGCUCAGGGCGGCUUCAUUUGGAAAGUGUUUCCUUGACAGAUUUCCACCUGACACCUUCGUGCACAUGUGUCAGGACCUUCGAGUGCUCAAUGCUAUUAGGGACUACCACAUUGGGAUCCCUCUCACCUAUACCCAGAAAUACAGAUACAAGCAGCUCACCAUCCAGGUGCUGCUAGACAGGCUUGUGUUGCGGAGGCUUUAUCCCCUGGCUAUCCAGAUAUGCGAGUACCUGCGCCUUCCUGAAGUACAGGGUGUCAGCAGGAUCCUAGCCCACUGGGCCUGCUACAAGGUGCAGCAGAAAGAUGUCUCAGAUGAAGAUGUAGCACGAGCUAUUAAUCAGAAGCUGGGUGACACGCCUGGUGUUUCAUACUCUGACAUUGCUGCGCGGGCCUAUGGCUGUGGCCGCGCUGAACUGGCCAUUAAGCUGCUGGAGUAUGAGCCACGGUCAGGGGAGCAGGUACCUCUUCUCCUAAAGAUGAAGAGGAGCAAACUUGCACUGAGCAAGGCCAUUGAGAGUGGAGACACUGACCUGGUGUUUACAGUGUUGCUGCACCUAAAGAAUGAACUCAAUAGAGGAGACUUUUUCAUGACUCUCCGGAACCAACCCAUGGCCCUGAGUUUGUAUCGACAGUUCUGUAAGCAUCAGGAACUAGACACUCUGAAGGACCUUUACAAUCAGGACGACAAUCACCAGGAAUUGGGCAGCUUCCACAUCAGAGCCAGCUAUGCUGCUGAAGAGCGUAUUGAAGGGCGAGUGGCGGCUCUGCAGACAGCAGCUGAUGCUUUCUACAAGGCCAAGAAUGAAUUUGCAGCCAAGGCCACAGAGGAUCAAAUGAGGCUCCUGCGGCUACAGCGACGCCUAGAGGAUGAGCUAGGGGGCAGGUUCCUCGACCUAUCUCUACACGACACGGUCACCACUCUUAUCCUUGGAGGCCACAACAAGCGGGCAGAGCAGCUGGCACGUGACUUUCGCAUCCCUGACAAGAGGCUCUGGUGGCUAAAGCUGGCUGCCCUGGCCGAUUUGGAAGAUUGGGAGGAGCUGGAGAAGUUUUCCAAAAGCAAGAAAUCACCAAUUGGCUACCUGCCCUUUGUAGAGAUCUGCAUGAAACAGCAUAACAAACAUGAGGCCAAGAAAUACGCUUCCCGUGUGGGCCCUGAACAAAAGGUCAAGGCUUUGCUUCUUGUCGGGGAUGUGGCUCAGGCUGCAGAUGUGGCUGUUGAGCACCGGAAUGAAACGGAACUGAGCCUUGUUUUGUCCCACUGCACUGGAGCUACAGAUGGGGCCAUAGCUGACAAGAUUCAGCGGGCCAGAGCACAAGCCCAGAAGAAGUGAAGAGCCUGUCCUUAAUGGGGCUAGUUAAAACCUAGGGAUGUCCAGAUGUAAAUAAAUUUGGAAUACUAAUUCAGAAUAGUUGUUGUAUGCUGCCUCGCUUAAGAAAAACAGGCUUUGAGGCAAAACCAUCUAGUUACUGCAGCAGAACUCCACAUAUUUGAUUGUAUUGAGGUUGGGAAUAAGAAGUUAUGAGAGGCCUGUUUAUUCACAAAGUCACCAUAGUUAUUCUCUCAGAAGCUACCUCACAAACCUGGUUUGGAGAGAGAUGGCAUAAAAUUCAAACACCAUCCAGGAAGACCCACACUGAAAAGCAUUACAUGCAUGUCCAUAAUCUCACAAGAACCACACUGUACACUUUUUCAAGCACCAUGGUAUCUAGGAAGAUCCACAAUGAAAGCAUUACGUGCAUGUCUAUAAUCUCACAAGGACCAUACUGUACACUUUGCUAUUAUUUACCCAUCCCUCAUGACAAUUCUGAACCUAUAACAGCAAAUAUGGAGCAAAAGAAAGAUUUGGGCUGGCCAGGUGGCUCAGUAGCUAAUAGCUCUUGCCACCAAGCCAGGCAACUUGAGUUUAAAACCUUGUCCUCUGAUCUUUACCCGUAUACAAAACACACUGAAUAGAUGGGCGUAGGAAUGAAUGAAUGAAAAUAAAUAGAAAUAAAUGAGGAUUUGAAACCUAAGUUGUGUUCAGGCUGGAACUGAAGUCAAGUCCUCUGAACCUGAAAACCUGAUUGGAGGAUGGAUGGGAAGCUGGCUACCAUCCUGUUGUCAGGGUUGGAGGAAACACUUUUGAGAGCCUUGGCUAUUGAACAGUAAGUGGCAAGCAGUUCUUGAGUGGUCCCUGAGCUUGAAAAAAUGGGUGGAAGAUCAUCUCAGUUCUGUCUUAAGAGCUAUGAACUGGAAACCCUUAAUCCCACCCUACUUGAGUGAGUCCUUCUCUCCAGUCAGCAAGAGGUCUGUGACUUUCUGCCUUGUGUCUGCAGCCCCCAGUGUACUCCAGUGCCCUGUAGCACUCCCGCCCAUCAACGAGGUGAGCCUUUGUCUUCAUGCCUCCCACCGUGCUUAUUAGCAUGAAGAAACCAAAGUCUACAGGACGUUCCCCUUUUAGGCAUUCCUAGUCCUAACUAUGUUUUUAAAGGACAAGAGAAGCUAGACAUAGUGGUGUUUACCUGUAAUCCUAGUACUUGGAAGGCUGGGGUAGGAAGAUUGCUGUGAGUUCAAGGCCAACUAGGCUAUGUAGCAAGCCCCGGUCUCAAAACAAAGAUGGAUGUUGUGGUUCCAGGCUGAAAUCUAGUACCUAGGAGAGAAAGGUAGGAGGACUGCCACCAGCCUUGGCUAUAUAACAGAUUCUAAACCAGCUAGGGCUACGUAUCAAAACCUGGUCUCAAAAAAACAAAACAAAACAAAACAGCAAAGGAGCUGAAGAGAUGGCUCAGUGCUUAUGAGCACUGACUUCUAGAGGACUUGGGUUCAAUUCCCAGCACCGACAUCGCAGGUCACACCUACCUGUAACUCCAUUUCCAAGGAACCUGACAAAACACCAAUGUAUAUAAAACAAAUAAACCAAACAACAACAGAAAAUGAGAGAUUGUGGGCUUAGUAAGGUUUAGCUUCCUUUAUUCCCAUCUGAUUUGUAAAUGCAAGCUUGUGAAAAUCCUCCAAGAAAAUAGAUCUCAUUGU